CUUGAAUAUCCCUUCAUGGUUUCUGAGUCUGGCCACAGGUUGGACAGCGGCUCCCCGUUCUGGAGGAUUCAGCUCGAUCAGGAUCUUCUGGACACCAUCAGCGCGAUAUAUCCGGAGUGGUUUAAGGACUAUACCAACACCCGAGCCUCGACUUCCUCCUCGUCGAGUACUUCCGGUGUACAGUUGAACACCGAGGGCAUCGUGGCGGCCGACACCAGCGCCGUUCUCGAGCACAAGGUCGUCAAAGGUGAUAACAAGUCCAAGUCCAAGGCGAAGAAGGUGGACUGCUUGAAGGAGAAGGAAAGGGACAGGAAGGAGGGCAGGCGAGAAUCCAAAGACGAGAGGGANGGAAACGGUAAGAAAGGGACGAAGCCCUCGCCGCAGCAGGAUAAAGCGGCGGACGUGGCAGGAAGGAAGGCCGCGGGUGUUCCAGGAUCAGGCGCGGAGAUGGCCGAGGGUAAUCAGUCGCCGCCGAAGGCGGAGGUCGACGACUCGUCCCUUCAACACGCCAUGGAUCGCAACAAGGAAUCGCUGAAGGUGAAGCUUACGCUGAGGCGACCCAUCAAUCAGCUGGUUGCGCAAGGGAUCAUGCCAUCAUUGAAGACACCACCGGCGUUCCACGAGCAAAGGAAGCAACUGGAACGGGCGAAAACCGGUGAUCUUCUGAAGGCGAAGAUCCAGCAGAGACCAGGCAGGGAGGAGCUGGUUAGGCAGCAUAUCCUCGAGGAUGUGGGUCACGUGGAUCCAAGCCUGGCCGAGAGGCAACGGAUGCUGAAGAAGGCCAGGUUAGCCGACCAGCUGAACGACCAGCUCAGUCAUCGACCCGGGCCGCUCGAGCUCAUCCAAAAGAAUAUUCUCCACACGGAGGAGCCUAUUGAAAGGGCGGUCAAAGAGGGUCACAUUCCCUUCAAGGCCACUUGCGAGGGCCAAGUAACUAAGCCCCAACACCCAGACCACUACAUCACCUUCGAGGAUGACUCCCAGAGCUCGGAAGGCGCGCCCUCGCCCCAGCUGGAGUCCCGGUCGGACGUUCUGGAAACGGCGGCUGCCUCGGCUGGGAUAGUGACCGUCUCCCUCAGUAUUCCGACGACAGGCGGUGCCGUGGUGGUCUCGUCCACGUCGCCUGUGUUCCAACAAGCGUCCAACGAGUCGACGAUACAAACUUUCGCCGAGCUGUGCAACGCCGUGGGCGGCUCGCAACAGCAGCAGCAACAACAGCAGCAGCAGCAGCAGCAGCAGCAUCAACAACAGCAACAACAGCAGCAGCAGCAAUCUCAUCAACAGGCCCAGCAUAACCAACAACAACAACAUGCUUCCACGCAGGUGAGCCGAGGGACCGCGCCUCAGGCGAGCCCCAUAGCCGCCUCCACGUGUCAGAGGAGCGACGCCCCCGGCAAGGAUAAGAACAGGAAGAAGUCCAAGACCAAGAGUCAACCGAAGACACGUACGAUCAAGUUUCACGAGUACAAAGGGCCGCCAAACGCGCAGAAAACCUCGGUGUCGUCCACGACUUCCGGUCUCGGCUCGGCACCACCCGGCGAGACCAGCUACGAGCUUCUUCUUCAACAGCAGCAGCUAUUCCUCCAAUGGCAGCUCGAAUGGCAGCAUAAGUAUCCUCAGAUCAUUCUACCGGCAGCGCAAAAGCCAUUGUCGUUGAACAGUAGCGGGGCAAGUGACGCUGGUAGCAUUAGCGGAAGCAGCUUGAACGCACCGAGCCCCGCACCCUCGAAUUCCUCCAACAAUCCCUCGGAGCAACCACCUUUGAGGCCUUUGGGCAAAUUGGAAGAUAUGAAAGUAAGUGAUCUCAAAGUGGAGUUGAAACGUCGAAACUUGCCUGUAUCUGGCUCGAAACCGCAGCUGAUCGAGAGAUUGAAGCCGUUCACGGAAUCGUCUAGCGGCAACUCGACGUCUAGCUCGAAUGGGCCCCACGUGACGCAUAUGGGCCACAUAUUGAUGGACACUCCGGGGCCAAUGACAUCCGACGAGUCUAGCUCUCAUGCCAAGAGUCCUGGCUCCGCGGUCAAGGACGAGCCGAACAGUCCACGGACGGAUUCACCGCAUGGCAGCGAGCACGAUGAUCCAUCCAGUCCUCCAGGGGACGACAUAAUCAAAGAGCAAAGGAAACGGAUAGAAGAGUUGCAACGUGAAUUGUACAAAUCUCAACAGCAACUUCAGCAGAUCCGUCAGACCCAACCGUCUACGGUUCACGCUGAGAAGCUGGUGCUGCAGCAACAUAUACAGAACAAGAUGCAGCAGCAGCAGCUGGCGCUACAUUUGCAGCAGUUGCAGCAUUUGCAGCAGCAACAGCAGCAGCAGCAGCAGCAGCAACAACAGCAGCAGCAGCAGCAGCAAAGUCAACAACAACAGCAGCAGCAGACGCAGCAACAACACGCUACGUUCCAACAGCUGAACGCGAAAGCUAGCCUCGCCGCGUUCCUGCAGGCACAGCCAAAUAACACUACUGCCAUUCUAGACUCUUCGACUUUGACCGCGAUUAACAAUAAGAAGAACCAGACGAAGAACAGCGCGACAGUUCAAAUACCUGCUGCGAUAGUUUUUAAUCUGCCCAAACCUACGAAAUUGAAUGGAACAUUGUUGAGCGCGUUGGUGGCACAAGCCCAACAACAACAGCAACAAACUGUUACCACGGAGGAUGGAAAACCGCCACCACCUCAGUACGAUGAAGCCGCGAAGCUAUUAAAGGUAAAAAUUGAACCAGUUCAAAAAAGUCAUAUCAAGAGUCAAGUGGUGGAUGACGUGCUGGAGAUCCUGAUCAAGAAUGGCGAAUUACCACCAAGCGCCGCACAGGACCCGGCAACGCCAACUACACCCAACAGACAGCUACAGCAAAACUUGGUGUUCACAGCGCCAGCGGAUAGCCAAAGUCAUUCGUUGGUUUUCGCCGCUGCUAGUCCAAUCAGUCCCAUCAGCCCCAUCGCGAUGGAGGUUUCCCAGAGCGAUUGCGUGAGUUCACCGGCGCCGGCGCNACCGCCACCGCCUCCUUUGCCUCUGGCAACUUUCUCUAUACAGCUGCCAACCGCGUUACAACAGUUGCAGCAGCAAGAGGAGAUCUCCUCGUUCAACACAGACCUGUUAACCUCGGAGGGCGAGCUGGACGCCGCGAUGCUUCUCAGCCCGCAGUCAAAUCAGCAAGCGUCGCCCGAUCCUCAACCUCCUCAAGAAGUAACGUCGUCGGAUAACGCGAAUUUAGACCUUAAGGAACUCGAGCUAGAUCUCGAGACCUUAGACACGAUGGAUUUCAGUCAAUUGGAUUGCGACUUAGGUGUAAAGAUGGAAGCGCCUCAAGAGUUGAUGGACAUCGGCGACAUGCCCAUGGACAUGGAUGAUCCAGAUUGGCUCGAUUCAUUGAUGCCGCAAUCUCCUCCAACCUCUUCCACGACGGUGGCGAAUCAUCAACCGGCGCCACCGACGAGUUUGUCGAGCGGCACGGAUAUUUACGAUCCGCUGCUAGCCAGUAGCCAAGAUCCGUUUGAUCUCUUCAACAUGGAGGACUCUGAUUUCAAGAUGUCUUCCGAUCUUUUAACCUGGGACAAAGUCGACUUCGCGACCUAGCCCGAGAUCUUUCCUCGGAGCUCGGCCUUGUGUACUUAAAUCAACGGGAAACGAAAAAAGAUCCAGCGAAGCACAAAGACGAUCCAACAACGGCAAUGCCAAGUGCUAUAUAUUGUGAUUAGUCUGUGACUGUUUUUUUGGUGCAUUUUUACGAACCGUUUUGCAGUUGCUUGCCUCUGACAUUGUUCUCCAGCGACUUCGGCGCUGUGCAACUUCCCGUGAACGUUAAAAGAAUUGUACUUACUACACGUAAAACUUAUGCUACUUGUUAUCAAGCGGAGAACUUUCUUAAGAGAGAGAGAAAAAAAAAAAAAAGAAAUUAGGAAUAACUAGCUGUAUAAUUUUCAAUCGAAGUUCGAAAUUCUAGGUGAGUUAUUUAUAAGCGUGAAAAAAAAGGUGCAUAAAAUUGCGAGAGGAUCGUAGCGUGAAAACACAACAAGGGUGAGAACAAGACCACGAAGCAAUCGUUUCUAAGGGAUUUUAUAAUAGAAGAUAAUUGUCAGUAGAGAAUGCCACGUAUACUUUGGUCUUCCUCGGUCAGUAUGAGUACCAAUGCACAGAAUUUUCGUUCUUUCGUUUCACGGAAUCGAUCGAGCAUUGGAAUCAUGUGAGUCGUUUUCUGUAAUCGUUGCUACUUCGAGAUCAAGAACUCAAAAAACAGUUUCAGUUUCUGGAAAACGAUAUCGCGUAUCUCGAUCGUAUCUCGUUCAUUCGAAAGAAACGAAGGUAAAGAUAUGCGAGGACGAACCACUAAACGAAAUAGCGGAUACGUCCCGCAAAUGGAAGUAAGACAACAACGACGAUAUCUUCAAAAUUCUCCAAAGAAUUUCCUUACGAGCGUUUUUAGCUAGUUUUUACUAUCCAGUCUACAGUCGUGUGUUGCUUGAGUUUUAAUAACUGCGAAUAGCGUGUGUGUUAAACAGGAAAACGGGAAAGCUGCGUAUAUGUUUUUCUCGUAUGCUUCCCUCAUCCAAUCUCAUUUCUGUCGAUCCCAUUUCUGCAAAACAAAACCGUAUUCAAUUAUAAUGUUAUAAUUGGGAUAAUUAUUUACGAGAAUAUAUAUAUAUACAUAUAUAUAUAUAUAUAAACACAUGUAUGUAUAUAUGUAUAUACGUAUACAUAUGCAUAUAUAUAAAAUAUAAUGCUGUAUGCCGAGUUCGAAAGUAAACAUGCGUUGGAAGAAGUAAAAAGGAAAAAAAAUAAUUAAAAAAAAAGAAAGAAAAGGAAAAAGAAAGUUCGACGGCUUUCCCGCACAGCUAUACAUAAUUUUUCUAAGGCAGAGCAUGUGAUGUUAGUGGUUACACAUACAUAUUUUAAUCAAUAAUCGCAUAAAAAUUUUCGGAAUGGGUGCGGACAAAAGUAUACCGAUGUCAGGGUAUUGUGCGGUUCUCCUGUUUUUUCGUUUCCCUUUACGAAUCUUUUUUGUUGUUUUUGUGACAUUCCAUGUUUUCAAAUGAGCAAGAGAUCGAAGCUACGCGUACCACGAGCCGCGCUUUUGUCCAUAUAUUUGAGCAAAAGUUAAGAAGAAUUCGUCUCAGAAUUUUAAUUGAUCAACCGAAGUUUCUAACCUAACUUUGUAUUUCGCAUUAUGUCCAAUUCGGAAUUACACAUGUUUAUAAUGAUUGAAUCAUAUCAUAUAAGGCAAUAUUAUAUACAAUAAACAAACUUUCUAUUAUGUUUCGUGUUAUUAUACUAUAAAUGAACAUAAAAUAGAAAGCGUAAAGUCCUGCAUUUUUCUGAGGCAUUCUUUGCAGAACCAAGUGGCUUCGUACGCCGACGUAACGAUAAAGGAUCGCACUGCCUAAGUCGGUAAUAAAGAGCGAAUGUAAUGAAUGCAAUGUUACCUAGCGUGAUUAAUGUAUGUGAAAAUGUAUGUGAGUGCAUCGAAACGAUUUUAGCGUAUGUGAUCAGCGAUGGUGCUAAUUGAAACCCCAUUUAGAGCUAUCAAAUUUUCCUGAAAAUGUCACAAUUGAAUCACAAAGCAAUCUUUUACGUUAUAGUCCAAUAAAAUUAUUUUAAUUCAUAUUAUUUCUAUUAAAGCAAGUAUGUCAAUUGAAUUGUUUGCUGGACAAAUGAGUGAAUUCAAAUUUACGAUGCAAAGACUGCUUUAUCGAUUCAAAUGAUCCCCUAUUUUCACAAUCAAAAGUGGCAGUUUGGCAAGCAAAUACAUACCAUCAUUGUUCACUCCAUAUCGCACAAAGAAGCAGCAAAAAUAUGCAACAUUCCAAACGUUCACAUGCAAUAGAGAAACAUCACAUGAAGCCCCGAGACACCAUGCUCCUCGUAGCAAGCAACCAAGCAAUCAUUCGUAAUUUUUAUUUUGCGAUAUUUUGCAAAAUAAUUCUCAUUCUCAACGAAAAUCAUUUCCCGAAUACACUAUAUUUUAAAUAAUUAUUUAAGAAAUUCACUAUUCAACGUAAUCACAAGUAAAAAUGAGGUAAUAAAACAAGAAAUAUUCGGCACGAAACUCGAGAGCAACGUUCAGUCGCGCCAUAUUUGAACUACUGAAUUUGCAGUGCCCUCUCGUGUAUCUUUACGCGGUCAAUUCAAAAUCGAUGCAUUUAAAUGAACGAAGCUCGUACCAUUUAUUUUGUUUGUUUAAUUAAAUAUUAUUAGAAAUAGCUUUGUGAUUACGCUAUUAAUUCUGCAUUUAAGUUCAAAUCGUGCAAAUAGAAAAAUAUAUGCACGAAAAUUAAGGAGAGAACAUGGUGCAUAAUCGGGGUAAAAAAUCGUGCCAAAAAUCCCCUUGCCACCGCGUAUCGCUUCGUCAUUAUAAUUAUACCACCCGUUGCCAUGACAAUAAAAGUUUGUAUCGUGUUGUAAAAUAUUGUAUCAUACGUAAAAUUAGAGAGUCGUUAAAUGCUGCCGAUAUGUCGUCCAUGAAAUGAGCUUGCUUGUAUGAAUUUAUUUAGGAUAAAGCAACUGUAAAACUCAGUCACGUAUAAGUGAUUGCAAGUAAGCGAACAUCAUAUGAUGACAUCGAUCAGCAUACGGCGCACGAUCCCUCAUCUUUUUUGUUUCUUUUUUUUUUUUUUUUAACAUAUCGUUGCUUAGCAUUGCAAUCCUGUAAUUAUUUCAUUUUCUUCGAAUCAUGAAUCAUGAAAUCUAUCGAUUGAUUGAUUUGUCAGGCUGUGCGAAUCUGAUAGUCUGUCAUGAGACGCGUGAAAGUGUCUUUGUUUGUAUAAUGAACGUAUGAGUAUUGUUGGAUGAAUAUAUAAACGACAA